GUGCAAAUGGGCGACCAUAAGAAUGCUUUCCCCAUCUUUGCCAAGCUGCAGGAGAGCGGAGCACAGGAGACGGUGGUGCUGCUGGCGUGGCGUGGCAUGGCGCAUGCCUUUGCAGAGCAUUAUGAGGAAGCUCUCAGCGACUUCAACAAGGCUCUAGAGCAGGCCCCCAAGGCAGGCCAGAUUCUGAGGCAACGAGCAUCGGUGCUUGGGAUUUUGGGCCGGCACAAGGAGGCCAUCGCUGAUUGGACGGCUGUGAUUGAAAUGGAUCCAAACGAUGCUGCAGCCAGACAGGAACGAGGAGCGGCAUAUGUGAACGCCAACGCCUAUUCAAGCGCGCUGCCGGACCUCUACGCUGCCAGGGCCAUGGCUCCCCAGCUCUUCAAACCGCACCUCUUCCUUGGCCUGGCGCUGACAGCCACAGGGGCACCGUUUGAAGCUGUGAAGAGCUACGAGACGGCCAUGGCAAUGAAUCCAGAUGUGAAGGAGGGGUGGACGAACUGGGGGCAGACAAUGAAGGAAAUCGCCAUGUUCAACGAGUCGGAGCGAUGCUAUAAGCGUGCUCUGGGGGUGGACAGCGGCUUCCUGCUGGCGUACAGGCUGUGGGCGAAGCUGAGGCACAGCGUGGGCGACCAUAGAGGGGUGAUUCGGCUGCUGCAGGAGGGGCUGAAGCACCACCCGGCUAAUGUGGAGCUGCGUUACUUUGAGGCCUCCUGCUACCAUGCCACAGGGGACUUCUCCCAGGCCGUGAGGCUCUACGACAGCAUUCUCUCCCUGCAGCCGUCCGGAGACGAGAGGUUUCAGUACCUCGCAUUCUACCAGCGCGAGAUAGCAGCAUACAUGGCAGUCAACGUGAAUUCUCCCUUCUCUCACUUCAGCCUCGAUGACCAUUUCAACCGAGUCUUCAAGGAGGGCUGGGCCAACGCACAGUUCCCUGGCCACCUGCCCUCCAGGGGAUACCAGAUGCAGGACAUUCAGGCAGUGUUCCGCGUGCGGCGGCAGCAGCACCGGCGCAAGGGGGAGAAGCGUUUCGAGGCGAACCGAGCGGCGCUGCUACAGCAGGCUGAUGCGAUUGGGCGGCUGGUUCAGUACAACACCACGGGGUUCCUCGGUAACAUGCGGCAGCAACGAGCAGCAGGGCUGGCUGCAUUAGACAUCAUGCAGACGGUGAGAAAGGCGUGGAAGGAUUGGAUGAAGAGUGGGCACGUGGAGCAGGGCAGCAGCGCAGAGGAGGUGGAGGAGGGGGUGGGGGUGGGGUGGAGGGACGUGUACGGCAUGGGAGUGAGAUGGAGGCAGAUUGCCGAACCCAACGACCCCAUCGUGUGGAUCGACGGCCUCACCCGGGAAGCAUUUGAAACCGGGUUUGGCUCAGUAACACCGAUGGUGUCCGGGCAGACUCGAAACAUUCGAUACUCCAUGAAUGCUGACCGUGCGUUCAAGAUCGUACAGCAGGAGAUGCUGCAUCACGGCAAGGUGUACGGCGAGCACGACGAGGAGAUUCCGCUCAGUCAAGGGGAUCUGAAAAAG